CAAAACAAUAUAAAAUAUGCAUAACUAAUGCAAUUUAAAUCAAAAUAUUACAUAAAUUAACAACAUACCAUUAGGCGACAUGAAUGUUAUACAAUAAUUGAAUGACUUGACACUGUUGUGAAUAUGUGGAGUCAGCAGUUUUGGCGCCAAAAUAUGGCAGCGUAAUGUGAAACAACAAAUUUGUUAUGAUUUAUUAAUUUUAUUAUUAUUAGUUGUUUAUGUGCCGUGUUGAUCUGAGUUCUUGGGCUUACAAUGGACUAUGAUCUAUUCCAGUCGGAUGACGAUGAGGAUAUACUAUCUGCCUUUUUGGAGGCAACACAAAAGGCGCAACCGGAGCUGCAAGUGCAACAAAUGCUGCAAGAUGAUGAUGAAGAUCAUAAUGAAGAUGAUGAUGAUGAUGAUGCUCUCGACUUGCUGCCGGAGUUCAAUUGCACUGGUCGCGAUACAAUUAAGACGCACAAUGAUUUUCCCAGCAAUGGAUUUGUGCGCAAUAAUUACGGUUUGAAUUCCACGGUGCCACGGUGUAAACUGGACAAACUGGGCUUUGACUUUGAGCCGGGUCAACUGAGUGUCGGUGCCGUUAUGCGUUAUCUGCAUGGCGAGGCCUGCAAGAAUAUCCAGAAGCUGUGUGCCGCAGUGGCUGGACAACAACAGCUGCAGUCGAAGUCAUCGCUGAAUGCUGCCAGUUGCUGGUACAUGACACGCCAGCAGGUGACACAUUUCUAUCACUUGCUGCUGCAGCAGGAGGACUCCGGCAAUCAGUGGCAACUCAUCGCUGCGGCCGUGCUGCAGCUGCGGGAACUGCUCAACAGCUGUUUGGAUGCGGAUGCGUGGCGAGUUCUGUAUUUUGCAGAGCACAGCAAGGGUAAUGAAUGCCAGGCAGCAGCUUAUCAUCUCUAUCAUGGUGCACUCGAGUGGCGUCUCUUGGAUUUGUGUGUGCAACGCAAGUUCCAAGUGGAUAAGGAUGUGAAUGCCACAGAGUUGCAGUCAAGUUAUCUGCUGCAGCUGGAACGCAUGCUGGAUGAUCUGGUCAACUGUGGCAGUCAUCAUUAUCGCAGUAAACACAGCGCCGAGUUGUUGCACACUUCGGCAUUCAUGUGUCGCUGCAUCAAAGAGAUCUGGCUGAUCCUCUACCAGGAGACGGGCAGUGAGUCCGAUUUCUGGACACGCUUUCACAGAGCCAUGCAGCGUCACAAGGCGCAACUGCAGCUGGAGGGCAACAACAGCUCCAGUUUGGCCUACCAUGAGUUCUAUGCCUGGCUGCGUCUGAGUCUGGCACGUCUAGCUGCCUACAAUCGGAAUGGAGAGCAGCAAUCGAAGGCAUUGCCAGCUGUCGCUGCUAUUCCUGCCGAGAUUCUGCAGACUGGUGGGCUGUUAAAGCAGUUCUUGGCCUGCCAACCGGAUGAGCAGCAGCGUCGCGUCUAUCUCUGUCUACUGGCACCGCUGCAGCUGCAAUGGGGUCAACCCGACACGGAUGUGCUCUGCCAGCUGUGGGAGUGUCUACAUCGUUCGCUCAACUGUCAGUUUAAUGUGUCCAGCAGUCAAUUAAAUCAAUUAGAACAGUUGCCACUGACGUGUGCUUCAGGUUCAGCUUAUUUGGAACGCUAUCGCAGCUUGUUAUCACGUGCACAGCUGGAGGAUUUGAAUCUGAGCAGCUUUACGCUGUAUGCUCUUUUGUUGGGCAAGACUCUACAACUCUUGCCGGGAUUGGGACGCGGUCAUCAAUGCCAGAAGCUGCUGGGACGCAUCUUUAGCAAGUUUAGUGCUGCCAAAUUGUUGGCCUUGAAUGAAGCUGGCAUACAUCAUGUCAUUGAGCUGUUCCUUUGCCUGCUGUUGUCGUGCCAGGAAUUUGUGGAGUUGGCGCCGAAAUUGCGUGAAAUGCUGUUGUCCUUGGCGCUGGAGAAGCUGCAACCAGCACGCCGUCUGCUGGUGGCCAAGGGUCACAUGGCUUUGUUAUUACUGCAUGCAGAGCGGCGUCUAUCACUGGAGGAUUAUGUGGGCAAGCUGUUGAACCAACUGGCUCAGGUGCGCUAUGAUAUAGAUGUGGCUGGCAUUUAUGUGAGCAGUCUGGAGUCCAUAUUUGAGCUGGCUGAUGACUUUUCACGCGGAGAGCAGCUGCUGUUGGCUCCCUGGCUGACGCACUACCUGGAGCACAGUGGACAGGCGGCACAGGAGCGUGUCUGGCAGGCUUUGCACUUGCUCUGUCAGCGUUUGAGUGCAGCUGGCGGCUUUAAUCUGUCGCUCUGGGAGUCACUGCAGCAGCAUGUGCUGCCCCAGCUGCGUCUGCAGUAUGUCACCGGCUUUAGCAGCUGGCUGCCCAAGCUGGCAGCUCAAUUCUGUCUACUCGACAAGGAUAAAAAGCUGCUGGAGAUCUUUCUGCAAUCAGCGGAGCCGGCCAAUACAGCAGCCAGUGCUCAGUUGCUGCUGCAGGUGCUCCAGCUGAGUCCAGUGACGCAACAGCCGGCAAGUGUGCUGCUCAUACAAGUCUGGCUGAAAUCCCUGGUGCUAUUGACGCCACAACAUGAAGCGGUGCUGGCUCUAAAGCCCUAUCUGCUGCAGCUGGAGGAGUUUCGUUUACUGGCUCUAAAUGAGGCUGCCUUGGAGGGCAGGGAACCCUUGUGCGCCUUCUUUGGCGCCUUGGGACGUCUGGCCCAGCAGCCGGAUGCAGUGGCUCAGCGGCGCAUGCAGCUCAGCCACAAAUUGCACGCCUAUGUGGCGCAUUUUGAGCGCUGGCUGCCAACAGGAAGUCUAGCACGUCCGGAGCUGACUGCACGCUUCUAUAACUUUAUGGCCAUUGUCAUUUAUAAUUGUGCCACACUGUCGUAUGUGCGCUCCAAGCCCAGCUGCUUUCUGCAUCUAACCAUGUCACGUUUUCUGCUCACCCAGCAGCUACAAACAGGCACUCCGCCGGAGACACGACUGCCACAACUAGUGCACAAGAUCUUUCCGGUUCUACUACAAGGCAUAGGUCGUUUGCCUUAUCGCACAGAUGCCUAUCUACAACGCACGCUGGAGCAGCUUAUUCUGCACUGGACACCGCACUUUGGUUACUCUGGCAAUGUUAAACUGGUGGCACGUCCAUUUGCCCAAUUGCUGCAAGCGGAUGCGGCAGGAGAACUCUCCGAAUUUGUGCUGCAACUGCUGGCCAGUCAAUUUCUGGGCGUGCAGCGCAGUCAGGCGGGAGCACAUGUUGGUCUGGUGCUCAGCAUGCUGCAGCAAUUGGUGAGCAAUCUGCAGGAGCAAACGGAGCAGCUGCCAAGUCCGGAGCAGCAACUCUUAACACUGCUGCGGGCCAUACACAUACCGCUGCUGGAGCAUGUGAUGUUUGCCGGUGAACUGGAACCAAGUCGUCUACAGGUGCUGCAACUCUAUCGUCUGCUGGUGCAGCAGCCACUCUUCCAGAGCUGCUCAGCUGCUCAGGAGCUGUGUGCCCGCGAUAUACGUAAUCUGGCGGAGAAGCAUUUGGCGCACUGCACCUACUUCUACUUCCAGAUGCUCAUCAAGCUGGCGGAGCAGGCGCCUCAUCUUGUCCAGCCGCUCUUUGGCUUUGUGCGUGAACAGGCGCUGAGUGUGGAGCUCAAACGUGGCGCUGGCGAGGAUCAGGGCAUCCGCAAGUGUCUGCAGCGACUGCAGCAGGUGCUACACACCAGCUAAUUCCCGCAUUUCACUUUGUACAAUUAUCUAAGCUUUAGUUUAAUUCUAGAAACGUAAGAAUUAUUUUUUUUUGUAUAAUAAAAGUGAAACUUGUAUAAAAAUAAUUUUAAAAAUAA